GCAGUUGCCGCAGUACAACCGCAGCAUUUUCACGACACUGCCCAUUCUAUUGCUGGAUUAGGUACAUAGAGGAGAGCUUCCAUCACAACUGGUUCUUCAAGAUACCUUCCAAUAUCGGUCGACUUCAUGUCUUAUCUGCGUAGUUGGUUUUCGCUUGAUACCUCAAGUCCCGUGACCACAGUUGAGCCCAACGACUCCUACCCAAACCAGUCACUUCCAGUCCUAGAAGUUAAUGAAGAUGACGAGGACGAUGGGUCGGACACGGCAGGUGAAGACGACGCACCGCCCGCUUUCCCAGCGAUCAACAGUGCACAACGUGCUGCUACUUCGCCUUCUUCAUCUUCAGACUCAUCCAGGGGAUUCAGCAUACCGAACAUACUCACCGACUCUGCAUUGAUGCCCCCGCCGCCUGCGCCCGGUCUUGCUACACGCCGACCGGGUGUUCCGCCUCCACAGAGUUCAUCGUCUCUUCUUGCACCUAUGACUACGACUCAACCACCCAAACGACUUUCCAAACGGGAUAAGGUUGCUUUAGCGCCUGGAUUUGGUCCUCUUGAUUGGGGAAAUCUCAAGGCAUCUGGCCAGAACCUACGCGGAGUCGAUGCAUUAAUGCGCAUUCCACCAUCUGUGCUUAAGUUGCACAACAAGAAAGAGGAUGCUUGGACAGCGAUCAAUGGGAAGGUCUAUAAUAUAACACCCUACCUCCCAUAUCAUCCAGGUGGUGAAAAGGAGCUCAUGAGAGUAGCGGGUAGAGAUGGAACUAAGUUGUUUUCCCUGACACAUGCAUGGGUGAAUGCGGACUUCAUGCUUGAUGCAUGCCUAGUCGGAUUUCUAGUUUCAGAACCAAGCUAAUAAUUGGUGGGACGUGACGUUGCAUAUAAUUGUUUAAACUAGAACUGCGUGCUGCUAUCGAUAUCUGUACCCGAUCAUCCGAUCACUUGCUGUGCUACGACGGGUGCCGCAUAGAUACUGUGAUGUACUUGGCGCCCAAACCGGACCGCCACGAGAUGGACAUUUGAGCUGCGGUUGCUUAGUU